AUGCUGCAGCGGCUCCUUGCGGCCGCAUGGCAAGGCAGCGCAUUAUCCUUUAAAUUAGCCACACCAUGUUUUAAUAAACAGCGACAGAUUUGCGCUAGUGCCUGUUGCGCAGACUUGCGGGAAUUUUUCGAUUGGGAAUCGCGGGAUGGGAAAGGCAAUGAAGCCUACGGGCGAGCGUGGAACCUGGACGAGCUGCGGAACAAAUCCUGGCAGGACCUCCAUAAGCUCUGGUACGUGUGUGUCAAGGAGCGCAACCUGCUGCUGACCGAGAUGGGCUUCAAGAACAUUCCAAAAAAUGCCGCGGAGCAGAGGGCUCGGGGCAUACCUCCCGGAACCGACAUGGUGGAGCAGGACCAGCACAGGCUGAGAUACAAGGAGGUUCAAAAAACGCUGCGAAACAUUCGGCAGGUACUUCAAGAGCGGGUGGACAUACAGCUGGUUCCCUCGAUGAAACGCGAGAUGCAAGAGGUCAUUGACGCGCGAUGA